AUGCUUUCGAUGCUCUCUGGCACUCAUACUCCCCAGUCAGUGGGGACUUCCCCUGCUGGUAGCCAAACUGGAGCUUCGACUCCAGCAGAGACCCAUCUCGAACAAAUCCAACAUGCACCUACGCACCCACCAACAAAGCCACGCAAGCGUAUCGUCGUGGCCAUGACCGGAGCCACAGGCGCAAUCCUCGGCAUCAAAGUCCUCAUAGCUCUCCGCCGUCUCAACAUCGAAACGCAUCUCGUCAUGAGCAAAUGGGCCGAGGCAACAAUCAAAUACGAAACCGAUUAUCACCCAUCCAAUGUCAGAGCACUGGCCGACCACAUUCACAACAUCAAUGAUAUGGCAGCCCCCAUAUCGAGCGGGUCAUUCAAGACUGACGGCAUGAUCGUCGUGCCAUGCAGUAUGAAGACACUUGCCGCGAUCCACAGCGGCUUCUGCGACGAUCUUAUCUCUCGAACUGCCGAUGUUAUGCUCAAGGAACGACGCAAGCUAGUGCUGGUCGCUCGGGAGACACCUUUGAGCGAUAUCCAUCUGCGAAACAUGUUGGAAAUCACUCGCAGCGGGGCUAUCAUCUUCCCCCCUGUGCCGGCAUAUUAUAUCCGAGCAGCCUCGGUCGAUGACCUGGUUGAUCAGAGUGUCGGCCGAAUGUUGGAUCUGUUUGAACUGGAUACGGGGGAUUUCGCCAGAUGGGAAGGCUGGGAGAAAUGA